AUGUCUCUCCUGGAGCUCGUGACUUCUGGACCAUUGAUGGCCCUGCGUGGAUUUGGCUGGCCGGAGCUCCCGAUCUUUGUUUCAGGCCUGAGCAGCGCUGGAUCCACCCCGCCUUUGCGUGGACCAGCCUGUUUGGACGUGCUGUUGCCCUUGAUGAGUUGUGGAUGGCUUGGACUUUUGCCACCCGCAUUGGACCUAGUGCAAUGCGGAUUCUUUGUGCCCUUGCGCAGCUCUGCUUGCUCUGGAUUGCCAGCUCCAGCCCUUGGUCUUGCGUAUUUGGAUGCUUUCUCGUCCCUCCACAGGACGUCUAGGUGCGGGUCUUCGCCGCUUGUUCUCGCUCUUGCACAGUCCGAACUCUCGAUGUCUUUGCAAUCCUCAGCUCAGCUGGGAUUCGCUGCCUCAGUUUUCACAUUCGCAUCAGCUGGCUUGCCUCUGUCGUCGCGGAACUUUGCCAAGCCAGCGCCGAGCCUGCCCACGCUUGGCUGCACACGAGUUGACUCGUCGUCCUCGGUCGCUGAUGUGGCUCAUCCGGAUGCCUUACUGCUGCUACAAUCUUGCGCGCGUGCGGAGCUGCCAAUCUUGGUGCUGGACCUCUUGAGACCUGGUCCGCCUUUGCUGCUUCAAUCUCCCACUCGAAUGGGAUCUGCUUUGCCACCGUCUGGCUGCGCGUGCACGGGGAGCAGCAUGAUGGCCCUGGACAGUGUAAGCCCAGGUGUUCCGCUCGCAAUCCGCAGUGCGCUGAAACAAAGCGGCGAAAUCUCCCUGGGACAAGAUCUGAAUGUCAACGGCUACGGCAGAUUUGGAAAUUGGUCGUCAGUAUUCAGUUAUUCCAAUCUUGCAUCGACAAUGCCAGCGAGGUCAUUUGCAAGGUUUGACCUAUUGGUGCCCGCUCUUGACUCAACGCACCUCGCGCCAAGCUUGCCACUACAUAGCUGCGCACGUGCGGACGCCUCCCUGGCGGUCAUGGCCUUGACCCAUCUAGGCACUUUUCUGGCUGCGUUGGACGUGGCUGGCCUGGGUCUGCUGCUGCCAUCGCAUAGGAUGGCCUGA